AUGCCUAUUGCACAGUUACUAGUUGGCAAGGUUGCUGCGAUCACCGGUGGACUUACAGGAAUCGGACGAGCAAUUGCCUUAGAUUAUCUUCGCCACGGAGCCAAUGUUGCAAUCAGUCAUCUCGGUGGUGCAAAGGAAGACGCACUCCUGGAAGCCCUCCGCAAAGAUGUAAACGAGAUCGAAGCCGGAGCCGCCGACAGCCGCUUCCUCACAAUAUCAGGCGACAUCUCCCAGCCCGAAACUGGUCAGAACUUUGUCGCAAAGACAGUCGAGAAAUUCGGUCGUCUAGAUGUCUUCGUAAGCAACGCUGGCGUGUGCCAAUUUGCGGAAUUCCUAGAACUUGAACCCUCUCUCCUAAAUCAAACAAUCUCAACAAACCUCUCAGGCGCCUUCUACGCCACCCAAGCCGCAGCCCGCCAAAUGGCACAAGUGCAAUCCCCUUCUGGCGGGUCAAUCAUCGGUGUAAGCUCCAUUUCCGCGCUUGUUGGCGGUGGCCAGCAGACUCAUUACACGCCUACCAAAGCUGGUGUUCUGAGUCUGAUGCAGUCAUGCGCGGUGGCGCUGGGUAAAUAUGGCAUUCGCUGUAAUGCAUUGUUGCCUGGUACUAUUCGUACACAGCUUAAUGAAGAGGAUAUGAAAGAUCCUGUUAAGCGAGCUUAUAUGGAGGGUCGAAUUCCUCUUGGGCGUCUUGGACAGCCGCCUGAUUUGGCUGGACCGGCUGUUUUCUUGGCUUGUGAGGAAUUGAGCAGCUAUGUGACUGGUGCGCAGUUAUUAGUUGAUGGAGGAUUGUUCGUCAAUUUGCAGUAA